ACCCCGGAGCUCAGCAGCAGAGCCUGGAGUUGGGGUGUGCGCUGAUGUUCUUCGCCUGUGAGCUGUGUGUCCCUGCGUGCAGAGAGAGUGACAGGCAAUGGCACAAGUUAAGAUGCAGACUACGACAAACCUGGCCGGCCCUGCCAUGUCCCCGAUGGUGCUACCCCUGCCUGUCCCGGCUCCGACCGCGCUGGGGCUGCCGCCCGCCAUCAACGGAGCCCUUCCCGAGCCCGCUGCCGCCUGCAGCAGCCCCACUGCCGGCCUGGGGGAUCCUGCACCUCCUGCCAACUCACCAGCUCCUCUCCAAGAUAACAUGGCAAACCCCAAAGAGAAAACUCCAAUGUGUCUGGUAAAUGAGUUAGCCCGUUUCAAUAGAAUUCAACCCCAGUAUAAGCUCCUGAAUGAAAGAGGGCCUGCUCAUGCCAAGAUGUUCACAGUGCAGCUGACGCUGGGGGAGCAGACCUGGGAAGCUGAAGGGAGCAGUAUUAAAAAAGCCCAACACGCUGCUGCUAGCAAAGCACUGACUGAAACCACCCUGCCCAAACCCACACCUCGACCCCCCAAAAAUAACGUUAACAACAAUCCAGGUAUGACAUUUUCCUCUCUCUGCUAA